AUGAAUGUGAAUUGACCUCAGUUUGAAUUGAUCGUGUUUAUGAUUGCCAGCCAUCGUCAUCAAUAAGAAAAAAAAAUUGAACUUUGUGUCCACUUUCACGAAAUACACACACACACAUAUAAAACAAACAAACAUACAAAGAAAAACAAGAUGAAAUUUUUUUCGAUUUUUUGUUUAUUUUUAUUUAUUUUGAAUAAUUCAUUCAUUGUAAAUCAUGCCAAUCCAAUUGGAACGUCCGAAUUCAGUGAUAACGAUGAUGAUGAAAAAUUACAUUCAAUAGAUCCAAUCGAAACAACAGCAAAAUUAUUGAUCCGUGUCGAUGAAAUGGUUGAAAAAUUAUUAGCCGCAAAUAAUAAUAAUGAUGAAUCAAUUUCCGGUGAACAUUAUUAUAUAUCGGAUGAUCAUGUUGAAACACCAUCAUCAAUUGUAAUUGAUGAAGAUAAACAACAAGUUGAUGAUACAAAAAAUCAAGACCAACAAGAAGAACGGUUUUCCGUUUUGUUAACCGAUUUGAAAAAGAUUGACGAAAUGAUCGGUAUUGCCAUUGCUAAAGCUAAUUUAAAUCGUCAAUAUCGAUUGGUAAUGCGAUUACGUCCAUUACAAUCAUAUGUUCAACAAAUUUAUCGAAAUCUUGAAUCACUUCGUGCACGUGUUGUAGCUAUUGCUACAUUAUCCAAUUUAGCCAUUACUGUUAAUGAUGUUCUGGUACAAUUCGGUGAUGUAAUGACCAGUUCACAGAUUAUGUCAUCCGGUAUAAUAUCGAAAAAUCCACCACCAAAAAUUCUUCCAGGUAUUUCGAAUUUUAGUAAUGAUAUUGUUCCAAUGGUAACAAAUGAAUCGGCAAAAGAUGAAGUUGAAAAUAGAAAUAUUUCCGAAUCAUCAUCAUCAUUAUCACCAUCAACAAUGACGACUGCAAUUGCAACAACAAAUAACGAUAAUCUUACCACACUUUCAAAUAUCGAAGUAGAUGCUGAACUUUUUUUCCAAAAUAUUCUUCUAGAUCAUAAGAAAUGAAAAUGAAAAUGAUAAU